AUGAGGUUUAUAAGGGUUUUGUCAACUUUAGGACUGCUUGCUGCUACAAGUUCUGCUUUUGGAUAUUCAAAUAAAUCUAGUUCUAAUGAUCUAUCUCAUACGACUCCUAUUAAAGCACUUGGUGCUGGUAGUUGUAAGGCACCUACAAGUACUGAUAGCAUUGAAGAACUUGAACCUACAAGUGGUUCAAUAGCAAGCUAUGAUGGAACUUGGAAAAUGGAAGAUCCUAAUCCAGCUGGAUCUUUGAAAUAUCAAUACCAAGUUAACUUAGUUGAGGAGAAAUCAGAACCUGUUGGUUUGGAUUUCAAGUUUUAUUUUGAAAGUGAAUUGACUUCUGAAAACCCAACAGAAAUUAAAAUGAGCUGUAUUGAAUAUGAUGGUAUUGAUAUUGAAGCUUUAUACAAUGUUGAUGAUAAAAAAGCUACCGCCUCUGUUCAAUUCACUAUUCCUCUACUUGACUCAGAAAUUGAUUUUUGCUCAACAGAUCCUUUCAUUACUUUCCAAUUUUAUGUUGAAUCACUAAAAGACUGGGUUUCAAUUUCAGUAAAACCAGAUGAUGUUUUUGACAAGGCUACUGGUGAUGUUCCUUUUGAUUGUGAUGCUGUAACUAAACGCUUGGAAGAUCCUAUUUAUAUUGUUACAAGUGAAUUCCCAGCUCCAACUUCAGCCCCAGAUGAUGUAUUACAUUUCAGUUCAAUGGUUGCUGAAGACCUUGAAGUAACAUACGUGAUUCAGCCUGUCGAAGGAUCACCUUCAAAAUUUCACGUUCAAUGGCAUUUUUGGUAUUACGAGCAUUUGCUUGAUAAAUUUGAGUUUAAUUCAUUUGCUGAGGCCCAAAAUUUGAUCGGUUAUGUUGCAACAAGAAGUCUUUACUUGAACUAUGAUAUCACCGUUGACUGUCCAACAAAAGCAGGUGAUGAUAUUUCAUACUGUACCAGUAAACAAUUUGAAAUGAAAAUUACAAAUAAGGAGGGCUCUGAAUUCGAUUAUGUUUUCGCCCCAGAAGGUGUUGGAGUUGAUAACGGAGCUACUGCUAUUCCAUGGGACUGCUCUGCAUUAUGCAACCAACAAAUCACAACCACUGAUGUUGUUCCAACUGUAACUACAAGUGAAGAUGAUAUUGCUCAUUCCACUGCUACUGGUGCUAUUGGUGAUAAUAGUUAUACUGCAACAUAUGCUAUCAGAGCUGUUGAUAGCAACAAGAGGGCUGAUUCUGCUACUUAUAAUGUACAAUGGUACUUUGAAUUCAAGAAUAAAAUCGAUGCCACUGAGUUAAAAUUCAAAAACAUGGCAAUGGAAAACAUCAAUAUCAAAGGUCAAGUUAAUUUGGAAGCUGGUGCUCUUUAUGUCAGUUAUGAUCUUGAUUUUGAAUGUCCAUCUGAAGGAAGUGAUGCUGAAUACUGUGCCUUAGAACAAUUUGAGUUUACAUUCAUUGUUGAUACUGAAACUUCAUAUGCUUUCGCAGUGCUUCAUUCGCUCAAGCUGUCUGUCCAUCAUCAUCAGGUUCUUUACCCAUCAUCAUCAUCAUCAGUUAACCCAACUGGUAACAGUGAUAGUAUAACUUCCACCACAGGUGCUUCAACUUCAACUAAACAUGAUGAUGGUGAAUCAACAACUACAAUCACCACUACUACAUGUGAUGGUGAAGGUCAUUGUACAGGUGUUCCAAUUACUACAGGUAUAACAGUUAUCACUGAAACAAGUAAUGGUAUUGUUACUCAAGUCACUACAUACUGUCCAUUAACCACCACUCAAGGUCAUGAUUCAACUACAGUGAUCACUGUUACUUCAUGUGAUGGUGAAAACCAUUGUACACCAUACCCAAUCACCACUGGUAUUACUGUUAUUCCAACAACUAAAGCUGAUGGUGUUGUAACAGAUUAUACUACUUAUUGUCCAUUGACUACUCAAGGUGGUAACAACAAUGGUAACAACAAUGAUGAAUCGAGAACUGUUAUUACUGUUACUUCAUGUGAUGGUCAAGGUCACUGUUCAACUUAUCCAGUUACUACAGGUGUUACUGUUGUUUCAGAAACUAAAGCUGAUGAAUCUGGUGAUAAUUCAAACAAUGGUUCAAAUGGUUCAAAUGGUUCAAAUGGUUCUAAUGAAUCUAGUGAAUCUAAUGAAACUAAUGACUCAAAUGGAUCAAAUGGAUCAAAUGGAUCAAGUGAAUCUAAUGGUUCAAAUGCUGCAAACGGUAACGGUGCUGACUCAAACAAUACCAAUGACACAUCAGAUAACAGUACAGACUCAAACGGUUCAAAUGCCAAUGAUUCUAAAGACUCUACAUCUGAUUCUAACGGUCCAUCACCAAUGACUCAAACCAGUACUUCAUCAGAUGUUCAAACCUCAACCAAUUCAAUCAUGACUUAUGAAGGAUCUGGUUCUAACAUUGUUAAUCCUUGGAUUGUUUUAUUUUUAAGUCCUUUUGUUUUCAUGCUAUGA